CUCGAAUGGUGCUGCCCAGGACCUCGACACCUGGUCCAGGCGGUGGAGGCCUAAACCGAUUAGUCUCCGUGCCGCCGAUGAGCCUCCCUAGAGAGUUACGUAUUCCAACCAUCAUACUGUUCAUUCAUAACAUUACUACUAGUAUCUGCCUUGGUUUCUUUUUCUUCUUCCCUUUUUCUUCCUAUCUUCCUUCCUUCGCUUCGCAUAAUCUCCAUCAUACAGGUUUCCGCAAUGGAGGAUAUCUUUGCGCCUAUUCAGGAUAUCUUCGAGGGCCAGAUAGAUUUUUGCGGCCAGCAUACAGCUGAAAUAUUGUCUACGGCUCUUUUAAUUAUAUCAGGGGUAAAUGUUGUCGCUUUCCUCGCCGGAUAUAUCUACCAGGACUUGCAUCUAACUCUCUGGGUCGGUUUGGCGGGCACACUGAUAACCGGGCUAGCUGUCAUCCCCCCUUGGCCUAUGUACAAUAAGAACCCUGAGACAUGGUUUGUGCCAUUGGCCGGGAGCGCUGGUGGCGCACGAGUCGUGGUAGAUGAACCUAAAGUGGCAUGAAAUAAAGACCUGAUACCGGAGAAAUUGACUCGGAG